AUGGAGCAUCCUUCAGACCGUCCCCAGCCCGUGGGCACCGACCACCCACAGCAAACAGAGCAAGUAUUAGGGAUCCCACGUCCUCCAUCUGUGGGAGGCAUCUCUUCUCGAAUGACCGAAAUGACCUCGGAAGAUGGAGAGCGAUCCCCCGUGUCUCCGGUCUCGCCAACUUAUCCGCCGCCUCCUUCAACAGUUCAAUCACGUCCAUCGGCUUCCCGUCGAGGUCCACCCCCCACGAGAGCGUCUAGCCAAGUGACGAGACCAGAGAGUGCAGGUAGCCGACUGAGCCGCUCACAUAUUCCGUCUUUGACGGCCCAGGGAUUCUUCCGCCCUAUGAGUUCGCAGCGGUUGCAAGCACACCGACAAGGACGACCAAUGACUAAGGGAACUGUCUCUUCUACUGAAGAAUGGGGUGAUCAAAUGAGCCAGAAUCGUCGAAGCUUGAUUUCCAACAGUACCAUGCAGCAGGGGUCACUCCCCCCAGUGGACAUGGAGCCCCCGCCAUCGCGUGGCACAGAGUUUACCGACCCAGUCUUACCAGAUCGCAAUGCAUUUAACGCUAGCCCAACUGGGGACCAUACCGUGCGAAGCCUCGGUGAGAGUGUUAAGCUUUUACGAGACCGAGACCAGGCUGGCAAACACCGCCCUGCCCCUCUGAACCUCGCAGUCAAUUACAGCACUCCCCACCCGCAAGACACUCCAUUGAAAUCGCCACUUUCUUUCUUGUCAUUGCAAAACAAAGGACCUGGAAACAAUGGUCACGAUUCCCGAGGCCACGAACGCCUCUCUUCGGCUGGUACAUCACCUGGACCCGCAGAUGCAAAGAAGCAACAGCUGCCAGCAGGUAAACUAGGGAAGGUCUAUGAGUAUUUCCCUGGUAAUACUAUAUUCGGCGCUGGUGGAAGGCUGCAGAAUGCGAGGGACAAACCCAUUAAUAUUCUCACUGGGACAAUUGUCGUACUCCCUAGUGUUCUAUUUUUCGUAUUCUCGUAA